AUGAGUGCUAAAACGAACCAAUUUCAACUAUUCCCGCCUCCUGCGGCUGAGGUCAAGAGGUCUAAUAAUCCGUUUCGAAAGCCCGGGAAGAAACCAGCUGUAAAGGCUGAGCCAGGCUCUCCAAUCCCUCUUGAAGAGAUCAAAGACCCUGCGAAAACUGAGUCUCUACUGCUUCAGAUAAUCGAAGAUACUCAAACGAUUCCACCUCCACCACCUGGAAAUCCCGAAAGAUCCAGAUCGCCGCCUUCAUUGACGAAGACCGCCCAUGAUUCAAUGUCCCCUCAGUCCAUGCACAGUCAGAACCGUCAAGCUAAGAAAUCGAAUCAUCAAACGGUGGUCUCACACAAUAGCCAUAGCAGUAGCAGUAGUAGCUAUACUGCGGCAUCCACUGUUUCUCCACAAUCGUCGAAGUCUUCAGCUUCACCUAUUCCUAUGAGAUCAAUGUUCCCUCAAUUUGAUCCGAAUUUGCCUGUCAAACAGCAGUCGUAUCAAAAGCAGACGCCGAAUAACUCACAGCUCACCAAGUCCACUCGCAAACCUCCUAAGCUUACGCUCACCACAAGUAACCAUAUUGACCAUGUUCUUGCGCCAAAAACUGUGCCGGCCAGUGUCCUUGAUUUUCCGACUGGUUCUUGGGAGCCAGAAGAAGUGAAAUACUCCUCCAAUGAGGAACUGAUGAUGCUGUGGGAAACUGCCAAUGGGCAAAGGCCUGAGAAUCUUGUCGGCACGUUGAAUCUGCGGAUGACAAAGACAGGGCCUGCUACGUUCACACUCGGCAAUUCCCAAAAGCCAUUCUAUACACUGCAGACAUAUUCCACCGACGAACUUUCCCUCGGUAGAAGUGACCCAUCAAGACCAAAUAACGACGUCCCUAUCAUGAUGAUGAGCCUGGAAGAUCGCAUUCGCCGCGAACAUCCCAACGACGGCCUCGUCACGCUGCUCUUCUCAAGACUAGCUGCCAUGCUAGCUAUUGACCAAGCAGAAGAGAUCAGCAAACAACAUCAUCUGGCCCCUGCUGAGGCAUCCGAAAUUGAAACCGAUGCUUUAAAACGAGCCGCAGCGCAAGAGUCCUGCCGACUCUCCUGGAACCGCCAUCAACGUCACUACGAAUUGAGACACCCUUCCCUAUCAAGACGUCAACAACCCGCUCUGGUCGGCGCAGCUGGUAUCCCACUAUCCCCAGUGCGCUCCCAGUCCUCGGGAAUGGUCCACAUAACAGUCUCGGCACCAUCGAGCGAUAGCUCACUUCACCAACCACCAACAAUCAUAGUGACGGGACCAGUAUCAUCUACAGCAAUGGAAGCCGCACAGCAAGCUGCAAACCCUAGAACAUCCACGCUCCCAGUAACAGAUCUCGACGAACCUCUCGCCUCAUUGGACUUCGGCACCAAAACACUUUCUAUUUGCCCGGCAGCCGUGCUAGCAACUAUCCCAUCCCUCUACGCAAUCGACUCCCUCGUCGCAGCCAUGUUCGCAGUCGCCGUCUCAGACGAAGCCACGAACCCCAUCCUGGCAGAUAUGGUCCUCGGCUCGCCUCAACCCCCGCGACCGACUACAUCCCACACUGCCACGGCCCAGUCCCAGCCUGUUUUCCAGGGUAAACUGGUUACGACAAUUGCAGAGCGUGAAGACGCAGCUGAGAGUAUGUUCCUCGCAUCGCAGAUCAAAUCUGCACAGAAGAAAUCCAAAGAUUCCUCGGACAGGAAAGGGUCCUUCGCUUUUUGGAAUAAAUCUUCUAAGCCGAAACCGCAGGACGGUAGUCGUGGCAAGAAGCAGCAGAAUCAACAGAUUGUUGUUGAGGAGUUUGAUCUUGAGAAGUAUGGUCGGUACGGAGGUGGGACGCGCGAGGGCAAGAAAUUGCCUGGGAUUACGCGUAGUAUACUGCGGAUCUUGUUCUUUGGUCUUGAUCUUAUUGUUAAGGGGUUGACGCUUAUUGUUAAGAUACUGGCCUGGUUGUUGGUUAAUGCGACGCGGUGCGUUACUAGUGAGAAGUUUUGA